UACACUUUUGGCAUUCAGUUAGCCAUCAAGUGCGGCGAGUGAUAGAGCAAAGUAACCGAAGAUGUGGUGGACAGUGGUUGGAGUUUUGGGUGGCAUCCUCGGUGCCAUCUAUUUGUUCCUUGCGUGGAACUUUAACCGCUGGAAUAACGCUGACGUAAAAGGACCCAAACCGAGAUUAUUGUUUGGUAACCUUCCCAGUGUUUUAACUAAAAAAAGACACGUUUACUACGAGUAUCAGAAGAUGUACAACGAUUUCAAUACUGAACCCGUCGUGGGAUACAUUAGUGUUCGAACACCCCAGUUGAUGAUUCGUGAUCCAGAGCUAAUCAAAGAGGUCCUUUCGAAGGGAUUCCGGCACUUUGCAGCGAACGACUUCUCGGACGUAGUAGAUGAGAAGUCGGAUCCACUUUUUGCCCGAAACCCGUUCAGUUUGUCAGGCGAAAAAUGGAAAACUCGUCGAGCGGAGAUCACACCCGCUUUCACUAACAACAGAAUAAAGGCGUUGUCGGUUCUCAUGGAUGAAGUAUGUGUGAAAAUGACUGAAUAUGUCAAUAAUAAAAUAGAGCACGAUGAAAGCAGUCUUGACACGAAGGAGCUCAUGGCCAAAUAUACCACAGAUGUCGUUUCGAAUUGCGUAUUUGCCAUCGACGCUCAAUCAUUCUCAAAAGAUAACCCGGAAAUUCGAGAGAUGGGUCGACGGAUAAUGGACUUCAACUUCUCCGCCCAGCUUAUUCUACUGAUUACUACCUUCCUGCCUUCCGUUAAGAACUUUUAUAAAUUUACGUUCAUUCCCCGGGAGGUUGAAGAAUUCUUCAUUCGCAUCAUGAAAGAUGCCAUCCAUCACCGUAAAAAAAAUAACAUCGUACGAAAUGACUAUCUGGAUCAUCUACUUUCACUGCAAGAGAAGAAGCAAAUUUCCGAAAUCGAUAUGGCAGGUCACGGUGUAUCGUUCUUUGCUGAUGGAUUCGAAACAUCAAGUUUGAUUAUGACCUACUGUCUCUAUAACUUGGCAUCUCACCCAGAAAUACAGAAGAGACUGAGAGAGGAAAUUCGGAACGUACAAGCUAGCAAAGGAGGCAUCACUUACGAUAACAUUGGAGAAAUGACCUUCCUCGAUCAGGUCCUCAACGAAACACUGCGACUGCAUCCAGUCAUUCCAGUACUGGCGAAACGAUGCACUGAGGACACAGUUCUAGUUGGACCGAAGGAUAAGAAAAUUUCUGUUUCUGCAGGAACCACAGUUGUUAUUCCAUACGCUGUUCAGCUAGAUCCACAAUACUACGAACAACCAGACAAGUACAACCCGGACAGGUUCUCACCAGAAAACGGUGGAUCCAAACCGUACAGAGAACGAGGUGUAUACUUCCCUUUCGGUGAAGGUCCCAGAAUGUGUCUAGGAAUGCGAUUUGCCGUUGCCCAAGUGAAAAGGGGAAUUGUAGAGAUUUUGGACAAAUUUGAAAUAUCGGUAGAUUCAAAAACACAGGUUCCGCUGAAAUAUGAUCCUAAUUUGUUUAUGUUGUAUCCAGUGGGUGGCAUCUGGUUGAAGUACAAACCAACUAAGUAGAGGGAUUCGUUCAAAACUCAAUGAUAUUCGGCACAGUCCACAGGCAAUUAUCAUGCAAACUAAUAAACAUACAUUAAACAAACAGGAA